AUGGCAGAUAAUGAAGCUCAAGCAUCUAGCAAGACGAAGGCCGUGCUACCCAAUGAGGAAGCUCAACAUGCUGCUGAGGACGAGAAGUCGAUGACUCUGUUACAGGCCAUCAAGCUAUAUCCGAAAGCCGUUGGAUGGUCAGUCGUCCUCUCGAGCGCCCUGAUCAUGGAAAGGCUACGAUCUUGCCCUACUGGGAAAUCAAGGAAGUGGAGUGUCCCAGCGAACUGGCAAUCUGCCUUGUCCAACGGCGCAAGAGCAGGCGAGGUCAUCGGUUUGAUCAUCAACGGAUUCGUGAGCGAGAGGUACGGCUAUCGCAAGACCAUGGUUGGAGCUCUGAUCUCAAUGAUCUGCUUCAUCUUCAUCCUCUUCUUUGCUCCAAACGUACAGACGCUGGUGAUAGGCGAGGUCUUUUGUGGCAUCCCUUGGGGCAUGUUCCAAACACUUACUACUCAGUACGCUUCCGAAGUGGCUCCUGUACGACUGCGUCCAAUAUUGACGACCUUUGUGAACAUGUGUUGGGUCAUGGGACAGUUCAUUGCAGCAGGUGUGAAUCGAGCUUGCGUCCAACGCCCAGAUCAAUGGGCGUAUCGCAUUCCAUUCGCCAUACAAUGGAUCUGGCCGGUGCCCAUCAUGAUUGGGGUCUUUUUGGCCCCGGAAAGCCCUUGGUGGCAUGUACGUCGUGGUGACACGGCUGGUGCUCGGGCUGCUUUGCUUCGACUCACCUCACCGGAUAAGGAUCCCAACUUCAACGCCGAUGAGACAAUUGCGAUGAUCCAACAUACGAAUGAGCUCGAAAAGAGCAUGACCGAGGGAACGAGCUGGAUGGAUCUGUUCAAGGGUACCGACCUUCGGCGAACGGAAAUUGUGUGCUUUGCUUGGAUCGCCCAAACAAUCUGCGGAACGAAUAUAAUGGGUUACUUUGCAUACUUCAUGCAGAGAGCAGGCCUACCGACGGUCCAGAGCUUCAAUAUGUCCAUGAUAUCGCUUGCAUUAGGUCUGGUUGGAACCAUGGGAAGUUGGUUUUUGAUGCAGCACCUUGGCCGGCGCACCAUCCACUUCUCCGGCGCUUGUACCCUCUUCGUCAUCCUCAUCAUCGUCGGGUCCUGCUCAUUUGCUGGUACACAAGCAUCGAAUUGGGCCAUCGGCGGUAUUCUAAUCCUCUUUGUAUUUGUCUAUGACUUCACGAUUGGGCCGGUAACUUAUUCAAUCGUUUCAGAAAUGUCCUCGACGCGGUUGAAGGCGAAGACGAUCGUACUGGCUCGAGCGUUCUACAAUAUCAGCAACAUCGUGGUCAACGUUUUGACGAAUUAUCAAUUAGGAGACGCUAAUUGGGAUUGGAGUUCGAGGACUGCGUUCUUUUGGGCAGCAACUUGUGGUUGCGUCGUUGUUUGGGUGUAUUUCAGGCUGCCGGAGCCGAAAGGACGGACAUAUGGUGAGCUUGACUUGCUCUUUGAGAAGAGGAUCAGCGCGAGAAAAUUUGCAAGCACGCAUGUCGAUCCAUACGGCCAUGUGCAAGGAACAGAUGCGGAGAUGGAGGGAAAGAUGGCGAAGCCGGAGUGGAAAGAGGGACGUUGA